AUGUCGCUAUUCAAGAAGUUCGAACCGAAACCCGACCUGGGUCCGGCAACAGCACUCAAAUCUUCAGUGCGUAGGGUGAUUCGACAAAAGCUUACCGAGCAAUAUCCAGCGCUGGCCAAGGAUGAAGGGGCACUGCUCGAAGCAGCCUGGCCCAACAAGGCCUCGGUGACGACAAUGAAGUUUGCAAGAGAGCAUGUGCAGAUGUUCAUCGCCGAAAAGCAGGUGCUCUUCUUCCAGCACUACGACGAUUGGUAUCUGCCGAGCUUGAGGCUGUUGCACAAGUGCUUGACGAGCGCAGGAGGGAAGCUUCCGGAUCCAUCAAAGGGCGAAGAACCUCUCAAGAAGGGGCAAUGCGUAGCCAUCCGAGCCCAGGGCAAAGAUGAGAUUCUUGCAGUCGGUGUCCUAUCGAUGGACACGGAGGAGGUGCGAGCAACUGGAAAGGGUAUUGCGAUAGAAAACAUUCACUAUCUCGGAGACGAUCUUUGGAUGACCUUGUCCAAGGGUGGCAUCUAA